AGCCAUCUAGCUGAAUCUCACAAAACAGCUUGUAAGGGCAGGAUAUUAACAGCUUUAACUACAUUCAAACGAUGACGAGAUUCGUUCCUCUGCAUUCGGUUUUAGUUUAGGAAAGAUCGUUACAGUGAUCUUUUCAGCGAAGCGGCGUCCAAUAAACUUGAUAAUGAACCAUUUCAAACCUGACGAUAAAAUUAAUGGUUCUUAGGCCAGAUGGUACAGACCCUUUAAACCAUGUAGAGCCCAAAUAAAUGACGAGGAAUAUUGCGUAACUUAAUCAAGAUUAGGGAAUGAAGAAGUGUCCCGAGUAACGAUCCUUGCAGCAAAAACAUUUUUCUUGGCGCGCGACUGUAACUUGAGCUCAGUCUAGUGUUGCCCAGGCUGAGUUAAGUGGGGGCAAUUUACAGUUUAUCUUUGUCUUUGAUCGCAGCAUCUGUGCUUCAUUCUUUCACUCUCAUUUACUUCCAAUUUGCAAAAUGCCUUCUUCUUUGAAGCACAUUGUAAAGUACCUUUAAGGCAGCACCGUGGCUGUGAUAAAUCAAGUCAUGUCCGUUUGAAAAUUUAAAAGACAGUUAUAAUUCGCUCUUUCAUUGCAAUCUUUGUAUUUACAAUUUCAUAACUUUUAAUCUUAUCAAUGAGAUAAUUAAUUUGGUUCUUCAUGCGGCGUGUUUUUAAGUAGAGGAUCUCUUGUGUGUCAGCCCUUAACCUUACGACUGUAUAUGCUUAAACCUUUGCGAACGAAAUGUGGAUUAAAAUUCUCCCCUGCUCACCUAUCGCGGCUUAUUUAUGAAAGGCUUCAUUCUAAAACUAGUUUUUGCUUUGCUCGUGUUCCAGACGGAGUCUUGAAGAUGAUCCGCUCGAGGUUGCUUGAUGAACAACAUACAUACAGGACUAUUAAAAGGUCACGCAGCUGUGCACCUUGCGUAGACAGAACACUAUCAAUGCCUGGAAACGAGACAACGUACAUGCUUCCACCCGCUGAAUCAUUUGAUUUCAUUAAGCGUUUUGUAACGAGGCUUCAGUCAGAACAAAACAGAAGAUCAGCGACCUUUGCUGGUAGACUUUGUACACCAUGUGAGACCUGGCAACUGCUUUACGAGGAGACGGCCUAAAUCAACGACAGAAAGAAGAUUUGCACGCGUUCUUUCAGCAUAUAAGCUAUUCGCGUUACUUCAGCGUUUGUGAAGACAGCAGAGUAUGAAUAUUGCCGAAAGAAAAUAUGCUAACUGCCAGGCGCCUUCAGUCGUUGCUUCUUAUACCAACACUGGUGUCGCUUUGCUGUGUAUAUCUUCACAUCUCAAGGCAAAACAGGCUGAUCAAUUUGGCACCCAGAGGCGAUGGCGAAACCCAUGUAAGCGCUCAAAGAGACAGAAAUAUCGCGCAAUCAGUAAUCACUAAGACUAACCGAUGGAACAGCUCGCCAAGUCAGCACGCUCGUGAAUCAGUUCAGUCUUAUAAGACCCAAAAAGGCACCAAUGGCCUAAGAACAAAGACGCCUUUAUUGACAAACAGCACAGUUCCGAAUGAAGAGUACAGCAAUACGGCAGUGCCAACAAAAGGAUUGCCUGUCAAUACGACGAAAAAUGCAGUAGAAAUAUUAUCAAGUAAAAAUGUCUCGAAGGAUUCUGAUGGUUUCAUGAUGAGCAACACAUCUUAUUCGAGAUACAAAUUUACUGACUUUGAAUACAAUAAUAUCUCCACACAAGAACUCCUUCAUGUUGAUUUAAAGGCUUCUAGGUCGAUGGAUAUUCUCAGGACUACAGACUGCGAAGCCAAGCUUUCUCACAACCAAUCAAAUGUUGUAUCCAAUAGCAACGAUGAAAAAUGCAUACCAUAUUACAAGGCCUUAGAUGUAUGUACUGCUUCCGAGAGGUAUUAUCCAGCAAAAGGUCGUCAUUGCAAGAGCCAAUGCCAACCACAAAACAAUGAACGUUUGUGCUAUAUCGUCAAUUACACGAGAACAAGCACUUUUACUAAGAUAUCUCUGAAAUGCUCUAUGGCCCUUUGUGAUGAAACAAGAGUUUUUGUUGCUACUGUGAACAGCGCAUAUGGAGUUGUGACAAAACAAAGUUCAUAUUCCGAUGUUAGAAGUCUGGAAAAUGGCGUUCGCAAGGCGAUAAUGAAGAGUCUUAAACAUGGCUUCGAUUACAUAUUUUUGAGUUGCGAAAGCACGAAUGUUGGGAGGAAUAGAACACAGCAAAUAUUGUUUCUGCCUCCUUUGCUUGAGAAACUUGAAAAGAGAGAAGAUAAACCCAAGCAGAAGAAGAAUUUACCGCGUACUGUCCAACCCAAUAUAAAUAUCGUUGUUUUAGAUUCAAUAUCUCGUGCGCAUUUCCCGCGUGUGCUCCCGAGAACAACGCGACUUCUUAAAGAAAUAGCAGCCCGCCAAAACGGCCCCACUAUCGCCGAUUUCAAAUAUUUUCAAAGUCUGGCGCCUUUCACUUUUGUAAAUAUCAAAUCUUUCAUGGCUGGAAAGCAGAAAUUUAGCAACUUGAAGAAAAGAGACGUAGGGUUUAGAGAAAUGUUCGAAAAGUUGCAUAAAAGUGGAUACCAGACAAUGGUACAAGAGGAUACGUGUUGGUACGAUAAAUGGGGCUCGAUACUGACGAGUAACAACAAGCGUGAGCGUACUCUGCGAAGUUUGCGUGAAAUUGGAGAAGGCUGGAAGGCAUUUAAGCGAGUAAUAAAACGAAGCAAUAUCGAUGGGGUCGGUUUAACACAUUCAUCUUGCUAUGUUUUACGAAAAUACAAGCAAACAAAUAUGUUCAACAAAGGGCCUAGCUUCUGCCACGACGGAAAGCCGCUGAGCGCACAUCUUCUACGUUAUGCGAGUGAAGUUCAUAAGCAGCAAGAGACCAACACGGGAAUUAAGCCGCAAUUCACGUACACGCAUAUAAACAUCGCACACGAAAGCUCGGGUAAGCGUGCAUGUGCCAUAGACGAACAUCUCGCUGAAACAAUGACAGAGCUCCUUUCGUUGAGCAACACAGUCACCAUAUUGUGGUCUGAUCACGGAGCGAAAACAACACCAUACUCUAUUCAUACAUUGCCAGGCAAGUUCGAGACACAUGACUCAUUUUUGUUAAUUUCUCUUCCAAGGAAAAUCAAGAAACUCCUUGGAGGUCGUUUGCAUGAUAAAUUUUUGGAAAACCAACAUUCAGUAGUAUCUGCUGUCGAUUUGCAUCACACAGUGUUGUUUUUAUCAAAGUUAAGCAAAGCCAAAUGGCCUGAAAAAAGUACCGAGCUUGGUUUGUUUACAAAUAAAACGUGGAAAAGAGGCUGCGACGAUAUUCCAAUGCGAGACUAUUCUCUCUGCAAGUGUAUCGAUAAUUAUUUAUUCCCAGAUUUGAGUUCAUGGGCCACAUAUUAUGAUGUGUUAUGGAUGGCGGAAUUCGCGAUUGGAAAACUUAACAACAAGCUCUCCAGUCAAAUUAGAAAGGCAAAAAAACGGAAUUGUCUGUGGCUGCAAGCCUUGGGUUUCCGCGAUGCCAUCAUUGACAAAAGUACUUCUCCACAUUCAAGAAGACAUAUCUUUGACAUUCUUAUAAAUCAUAGAAAAAUCCAAGUGUUUAAUGUCCAGGUAAAAAAUUCGACUUCUGGAUUGUAUUUAUUUCACUGGCAACGAACGAGUAUUUACCAGGAUUUCGAUUCCUGCAGAGAUAGCAAUGCCUCGCUCGAGCUUUGUAUAUGCAGAAAAAAGGGUCCAAAAUUUGAUCUGCAGCAAACGCUCACAACAAAUAUGUUUGGUAGUGAAAACAACCUUGAUUUCCCACUAACAGGUAAUACGUGUUUGAUGGUAUUAGAAAGGAACCAUCAAAGGGAAGUUGCUAGCUUUUCAAUUGCAAAUCUGUGUGAUCAACCGUACAAUCUCCAUGUCUCGAAACCUAAGUAUGAUGGAUGGGAACCUUCUGCAAAGCUGCCACUGAAUCUGACUGUUUCUUCCAAAAGCAUUACCUUUAUUCUCAGCGCGAGAAAAAGAAAGAAAGAUUCUCCAUCGUGUCGUCUAAAAGUGCGUCUGGCUUAACCCUCGUCGCCAUUAGUCGGCUGGAAAUGAAUUGGCUCUUCUCAUAUCAAAGGCUAAUGCUCCAGCAACCCUUAGUCCUUAGAAAAAUGGCUUUUAGCUUUGGCAAGCUACUUGCUCAACAAAGAAAGAAGAAGGUGAAUAGGUGUUGCACCACAGAUACUGGUGUGAGACAUGGUUCUUUAUUCUUGGCAAAUUUGUGACUGUUGUAGGAAUUUUUGUUCGUUUGCAAAUUUAAAAGGGCGAGAAAUCAAAAAGGUGCUUUAAGCAAACUAAAGAAAUAUCUCUUGUAUAUAUGUUUUUUAUGUGUAAAUAUAUCUUUGAAUUAACGAGAAAUAUGAAUUUUGUAACCUUGAAAUCAGAAAAUUUCCUCACGACCUUUGAUCCU